AUCAUCUUCCUCAUCUUCAUCCUCCUCCUCCUCCUCCCCCCGGUUCCCGCCGCCGCCGCCUCCUCCCCGCCGCAUGACCGUGACCAAGGCUCCCGGAGCAGCCGCGGUUCCCUGAGCUCCGGCUCCAUCCCGCGGGAUCCGGAGGCUCCGGAGCAGCCGAGCGGGGCAGAGCUCCAUGCGGGAUCUGCACAAGGCCGAGGUGCUCGGGAGCAAACGCGGCCUGAUGUCAUGGCGGCCGCAGUACCGCAGCUCCAAGUUCCGGAAUGUUUACGGGAAGGCGGCGAGCCGGGAGCUCUGCUUCGACGGAAUUCCCAUCACCAAGAACGUCCACGACAAUCAUUUCUGCGCCGUCAACGCGCGAUUCCUCGCCAUCGUCACCGAGAGCGCCGGCGGCGGCUCCUUCCUCGUCAUCCCGCUGGAGCAGACCGGCCGGAUCGAGCCCAAUUAUCCCAAAGUUUGCGGCCACCAGGGAAACGUCCUGGACAUCAAAUGGAAUCCCUUCAUUGAGAACGUCAUCGCCUCCUGCUCCGAGGACACCUCGGUGCGGAUCUGGGAGAUUCCGGAGGGGGGAUUGAAGCGGAACAUGACGGAGGCGGCGCUGGAGCUGUUCGGGCACAGCCGGCGCGUGGGGCUCGUCGAGUGGCACCCGACCACCAACAACAUCCUGCUCAGCGCCGGAUACGACUACAAGGUGCUGAUCUGGAACCUGGAGCUGGGCGAGCCGGUGAAGAUGCUGGAUUGCCACUCGGACGUGAUCCUGUGCAUGUCCUUCAACAGCGACGGGAGCCUCCUGGCCACCGCCUGCAAGGACCGGCGCCUGCGCGUGCUGGAGCCGCGCUCCGGGAAGGUCCUGCAGGAGGCGAGCUGCAAAAAUCACCGCGUCAACCGCGUGGUUUUCCUGGGAAACACCAAACGGCUCCUGACCACGGGAGUGUCCCGCUGGAACACCCGGCAGAUCGCGCUCUGGGACCAGGAGGAUUUAUCCAUGCCCCUGACGGAGGAGGAGAUCGAUGGACUCUCGGGGCUCCUCUUCCCCUUCUACGACGCCGACACCCACAUGCUCUACCUGGCCGGGAAGGGGGAUGGGAAUAUCCGGUACUACGAGAUCGGCUCGGAGAAGCCGUACCUGAGUUACCUGAUGGAAUUCCGCUCGCCGGCUCCGCAGAAAGGGCUCGGGGUGAUGCCGAAGCACGGCCUGGACGUCUCGGCCUGUGAAGUUUUCCGUUUCUACAAACUCAUCACGCUCAAGGGUCUCAUCGAGCCCAUCUCCAUGAUCGUCCCCCGGCGGUCGGACACGUACCAGGAGGACAUUUACCCCAUGACUCCGGGCACGGAGCCGGCCCUGACCCCGGACGAGUGGCUCAGUGGGGUCAACCGAGAUCCCAUCCUGGUGUCGCUGAAGGAGGGAUACAAGAGGAAUUCCAAGGUGGUGUUCAAGGCGCCGGUGAGGGAGAAGAGGAGCGUGGUGGUCAACGGGAUCGACCUCCUGGAGAACGUCCCGCCCCGCACGGAGAACGAGCUGCUCCGGAUGUUCUUCCGGCAGCAGGACGAGAUCCGGCGCCUGAAGGAUGAGCUCUCGCAGAAGGACGUUCGGAUCCGGCAGCUCCAGCUGGAAUUAAAGAACUUCCGGAACAGCCCCAAGAACAAUUGAGCCCAUCCAGGGCCCUUUUCUAAAGCCAUUCCCAAGUUUCUACUCCCAAAUUCCCUGGAUUUGCUCACCCGCGGCGCAAUUCCGGAAUCCGCGGCUGCCGAGAGCCUGGAAUCGCGUCCCGCGCGUCUCGUCCGGCACUAAUCCCGCUCUAACCCGAUUCCUGGGAAUGCCUGGAGGCUCCGGGUCCUGUCGGAUGUCGGGAUGAGCCCGGGUGGAUUCCCGGGAAAAGGCGGAAAUUCCCCGCUCUUCCUUUCUUCUCCUAUGCAAAAACGCGACGGCGGGAACGGAACUGGAAAAGGGGCGGGAAGAGGGAAGGGCUGGAUGGGCCAAGGGGAUUCCGGGUGGGAAUCCGGGAUCCUUCCCGGGCUGGGAGUUUGGGAUCCUUCCUGUGAUCCUUGCCCAUGGUGGGAGCCUGGGAUCCUUCCCAUGGCAGGAGGAGGGGAUCCUUCCCGAGGUGGGAAUCUGGGAUCGUUCCAUGGUGGGAAUCUGGGAUCAUUCCAUGCUGGGAAUCUGGGAUCCUUCCCGAGGUGGGAAUCUGGGAUUGUUCCAUGCUGGGAAUCUGGGAUUGUUCCAUGCUGGGAAUCUGGGAUUGUUCCAUGCUGGGAAUCUGGGAUUGUUCCAUGCUGGGAAUCUGGGAUCCAUCCUGCAGUUGGAGACUGGGAUCCAUCCCAGGACCCUUUCCCAUGGUGAGAACUUGGGAUCCUUCCUGGGAUGGGAAUCUGGGAUCAUUCCUGGGAUGGGAAUCUGGGAUCCUUCCUGAGGUGGGAAUCUGGGAUCAUUCCAUGCUGGGAAUCUGGGAUCCUUCUUGUGGUAGGAAUUUGGGAUCCUUCCCAUGCUGGGAAUCUGGAAUCCAGCCCAGGACCCUUUCCCACGGUUGGAACUUCCCAUGGUGGGAUCCCGGGAUAUUCCUGGGGUGCUGCCCCAGGGCUGGAUCCCGAGGGUGGAUCCUGAGGGUGGAACGACACCAGAUCCCAAUUCCCAGAGAUCCCAAUUCCCACUCGAUCCAGGCCGCUGAAGUUCCCGGGGUGGAUCUGUCCCGUCCGUGUCCCGCGUUCCCACCGUUCCUUCCCGGUAUUCCCGGCGUUCGUUCCCGGUAUUCCUGCCGUUCAUUCCCGCCGUUCAUUCCCGGUAUUCCCGGCGUUUCCCGCUGCCUUCCCCGUGCUGUCAUUCCCGAUUAUUUAUGCUCCCGCGGGAUAGCGAUGGAAUAAAA